AACGAACGAUCGAUUGAUACGACUACAAGUUGAUGGUGAUUACUCCAAUUUUCUUCGAGUUAAUUAUGCUCUAUGCCGAGUGUAACGUACAUGAAAGAUCGAUACCAUUAUAACGAUAUCAACAUCGUUACUACGAUCGGAGAUACAUACAUUGGAGGGAGAUAUUCCCCUAUAUCCCCUUUCGCCCCACUCUUCUCCGCCGCUCCUAUCUUCGAGCAAACUCACCACCACCACGGGCCGAUACCAUGGAUGUUGGGCUAAAGCUUUGGUCCAGGGUGGCGGAGUUUGCAUCGAACUACGUUUCGCGAGAAACGCGACAAGACGAACAAAUUUAUUCGCCGGAAAGAGCCGAAAAACUAACCGAACGUGAGAAAAUCUGUCAAUUAUAUAGUGCGGGUAGCAACAAUUCUUACGAGUUGUCGUUUUUUUCUUUUUCUAAUUAGGACGUGCACCGUAUGUAUAUACGUAUAUGUAUAGAGAAAAGAAACAAGGAAAAAGGAGAAAAGUUAAAAGAGAAAUUGAAAUUACGAUAAGUUGGUGCACUUUGAUUCGUGGUUAGCUUUACAACGAUGCUAAAUUCCUUUCGUUUUUCAAAAUUUACCGUGUUCACGUAUCCCGUAUACGCAAUAAGUGACAUGCGUCAAUCUUAAAAGUUACAGCUUGAGAAAUCGAACAAUGUUAGCAAAGGACUCGGUCUACCAUGAACUGUAAAGAAAUCGAAAACGAUAGAAGAUCCGGAUAUCGAGAUGCGGUACAUCCUAACGGUUGUCUCAUUGGGAGUGCUUCUGGCAACUGUUCGCUGCAGAGAGAAUUCAACGAAAAACGUUUUCGAUCAGUGCAUCUUUCCCCUUGGCAUGGAAGAGGGAAAAAUUCCAGAUGAUGCGAUCACCGCUUCUUCUAGCUACGAAACAAAAUCCGUGGGCCCCCAAAACGCAAGGAUAAGACAAGAGAAGAAUGGUGGCGCUUGGUGUCCAAAAGCGCAAAUCAGUAGCGCGAUAAGAGAAUACCUGGAGAUCGAUCUGACGAAAAAUCAUCUGAUAGCGUGGACCGAAACUCAAGGACGGUUUGGCAACGGUCAAGGUCAGGAGUAUGCGGAGGCUUUCUUUCUCGAGUACUGGCGCGACACGAAAUGGCAUCAAUAUAGAAACUUGAUGGGUGACAGAGUACUACGCGGCAACAGCAACACCUACCUGGUAGAAAAGCAGAAGUUGGACUUACCGUUUGUCGCGAGCAAAGUGCGAUUCGUACCUUACAGCCAACAUCCCCGGACAGUUUGCAUGCGAGUCGAAAUUUACGGAUGCGUAUUGGAACAGUAUGUCGCGAGUUAUAACGCGCCUAAGGGAUCGAAUCCAGGGCCCGGAGGACGAAACGUUCAGGAUGCUUCGUAUGACGGUGUGGAGAUCGAGCCUCUUGUUCUCGUAAACGGUCUCGGGCAAUUGACGGAUGGAAUAUUAGGCGAAAUUUCUGAAAUUCUCUCCUCUUCGACCAAUGCUACGAACUGGAUCGGCUGGUCGGAUCGUACUACAAUCCAGAUUAUUUUUCGUUUUCAAGAACUACGAGAAUUUCAAAAUUGCACCGUACACAUCGCUCGUAUACCACAACUAGACGUCGAGACAUUUUCGCAAAUGCGCGUUUGGUUUUCCAUCGAUGGUGAGAACUAUCGAUCGGAAGCAGAAAAAUCCGAGUGGCCGAUCGUUGCUGGAUCGCCCGCUGUCGAAACGGUUUUGGUAUCGAUCCCUUUACAAUCUAGGAUCGGACAAUUCGUAAAAGUGGAAUUCAGUCUUGCCGCGAAAUGGUUGCUUCUCAGCGAAAUCACCUUUUACACUGGUAGCACAAGUCGAUCGAACGAUUUGAAUAUUUUAGCUGAUGAUCAAUCAUCGGAAGUUCAGCAAAAUCGAAGCGAACAACGAGCAAAAUCCAGCAGCUCCGUCAUCCACUCGACCAUCAACUCCGUGAGUUUGAAUGUAACGGAUCUUUACCAAAUCGACGAAGAUGCCUCGAUACCGGAUGUCUUUCCCGUUGGUACCUCCCAAACGUAUAUCGGCCUUGUCAGCGGCCUAUUGACAGUGUUUGUCCUUUUCUUAACGUGUACAACAUUUUUGAUCAAACAAAGAGGCCGUAACAAAGUCGCUUUGUUGCAAAAGCAUACAGCUCUACUGUGCGACUCAUCUGCACCAGGCAUUGCGAUCUCUCCAAAGGAUGUUAAACUCUCGAAUUCUAUCGUAACCGGAUUAUCCUUGAUUCGCAAACCUAUCAUUAUUUCCCCUUCCGAUAACUUGCCUGAUCGAUCCAAUACAGAUUUCCAAACGGACGCCAAAGCUGCUGUCGUCGAUUCCCACUUCGAUAAUUCUGAUGCCCGUUCCACUCUAUACGAGAGAACAUACAGUCUGUUCUCCGAAGAAAAUCUCGUGGUUGCAAACUCAAACGCGUCCUCCACCUGUACAGCCGAAUCAUGUUCAGAUUUCAAGCGCAAGUCGAGCUUCACGACAAACAAGUAUGCGGAAGUGACAAUGCCAACGACUAUGACAUAUUCGACGAAAAAAGCGUUUCAUCUUCAAUCGAGAAACACGAAUCAAAGAAUCUACGAGGGGUAUUAUGCGGCAACAGACAUUUUAACGAUAAAGAGAAGGGAGAUCCCGUCGACUAUGAGCCCGUUUACACCGCUUCACAUUCGCGAGGAAACCGUAUGUUUACCAAGUACCAUUGAUUCCUACAACGUUCAGCGUGUUUCCAGACACAGAUUAAGAAUUCUAGACAAACUCGGUGAAGGAAAUUUCGGUUUGGUUCAUUUAUGUGAAGCAAAGGGUAUCACGAAUCCCGAAGUAGGAGCGACUCAAAGUCGGCAAAUUGUAAUCGUUAGGUCUCUUUGGCGAGGCGUUGUAGAUUCUUUAAGGUUGGACUUUACGAAGGAUAUGCAUGUUUUGGCGAUGCUCCAAAAUUCAAACAUAGCAAAGAUGAUGGCCUUGGUAGAAGAGGAACCGUUUGGAGCUAUUUUCGAGUUCGGUCGUUUCGGAGAUCUCCUUACCUUCUUAGAAAGUCGCGGUGGUAAUUUGGACAACAAGGACGAUAUUAGCUAUGACAACCAUUUAAGCUUUAUUACCCAAAUUGCAUCUGGCAUGAAGUAUUUGGAAUCCAUGAACAUUGCACAUUGUGAUUUAGCAGCCAGGAAUUGCAUUGUUGGUCAGGAUCUGACAAUAAAGGUGUCGGAUCAUGCCAUAUAUUGUAACAAAUAUGAUCAUCAUUAUUUCAUCGACGGGCAUAAUGUAAAAGUUCCUCUUCGUUGGAUGGCAUGGGAAGCAGUGUUACUGGGUAAACGUAGUUGCCGAGCCGACGUUUGGUCGUUUGCUGUAACAGUUUGGGAAAUUUUUCUAAAUUGUAAGGAGAUACCAUAUGCGGAUUUAACAGUGGCACAGGUUUUAGAAAACUGUGGCCACUGUUACCAAAGCGAAACGUAUAUUGGUGGUAAUGGACAGCCCGAUGACAACAACGACCAAAGGAAUCAUCAUCGAAUUCUUUCACAACCCGAUCAUUGUCCAGAUGACCUCUACCGUGUAAUGAAAAAAUGUUGGAGUACACGAAUCGAGGACAGACCCCAGUUUGCGGAAAUUCACCUAUACCUCGAGAGACUAGCCCUCGAUUGAACGUUCGAGAUACUCGAGAUCGAGUAGCACGGACCAAAUGGUUACAAUCAGCCAAGAAGCAUCCUGUACGUAAAUUUCAGCUUUUUAUGCUGACUUAACCUGUAUUUUCGCUUCAUUCAUUUCUUUUUUAUAUCUAUUCCUAAUGUAUAUUUCAAUCCAUCUUAAAAAUAUCGUAAAACUAUUUCUUUCGCCCAUUACAAACACCCUUUGUAAUCGCUUCAGGAUGCUCUGGCCAUUAACUUUUAAUGCUCAAUUAGGUUUAUAUAUAAAUCAACUUUUAUGCAUAUAGAAAUAUACACACACAUUCACACUUGUACACACUCACAUACAUCAAGCGAGAGCGAGAGAGAGAGAGAAAGAGAGAGAGUGAGUGAAUGAGUUUCUGCAAUCGUGAAACACAAAGCACCAUAAUAAGAAAUCAUAUUGUCUUGUCCUUCGAUUAACUGUAAAUGAUCGGUUGUAAUAUGCAAAAACAAUCGAUGAUUCAACAUUGCAACCGUGAUUCUUUACGUACGAAUAUUCCAACAGCGAAACAAAUAGACAUUGCAAUUGCGUUACAAUUCGAAUGUCUAGUACCUCAGCUUGUUUAGCGCCCAAUAAUGUUACAAUACUGCUUAUUCUGUAUGUGCGAAGAAUAAGUUGUUGCAUAUGAAAAAUAAAUAAGAUUCACCGGUUUGGAAAAACGCGCGGCAAGAGAAAUACGUGAAUUUGAACGAUCGAGCACGCAAACAAAUACAGCAGAAAUGAACUUUUCAAUGGACCGUUAAUAUUUACUUUUUAUCAAAGACAGGCGGAAGAUGGUUUGCAAAAAGGGAUAUUGCAUUGUUUCGCAUGUAUACAUGAAUAAAUUCACGUGCUCGAGUUUUGCAUUCGAAUGUGUUACGCCGUUACGCUGCAAAUAUUUGUAGAGUAAUAGAUAAAACUGCAUAUCAAAAAGAUAGCCAGUAAUAGUGGUUUGCGGGCGUUACUACAAACCAAAUGGGACAAUCAAUAUCACGAACGUUGUUUCAUACAAAUUAGACGAUACGCGACUUUAAAAAAUAAUUAUCGAUCGAUUUGCUAACACUUACCGAAUAUUUUAGGAUAUUACACCCAAGCAUUACCAAUCGGAUUGUAUCCUCACGGGUGAAUCGAUCGUACUCUCAUCGUAUCGAGCGUUGAUAUCUACGCGUACGUUUCUAUAGAAGCAUAAAUUUUUUUAAAUGUGCGAUUAACAUUGAUCGACAUUUGUAAUACAAAUCAUACGUAUCCCAUUAAAAAUUAUAUUCUUCAUAUUUCCAACGUUACGGUAAAUAAAAAUUGUUAUACACUAUCUAAUAA